AGAUUUACCUAAACGCCAGACUUUUUUCGUGUAGUAUGCGCCGCCAACGGCAAUCGAUCGAUCGCUGUUGGGUUUGCUCCCGGCCGGUUCCGAUCAGUUCUGUGUGGGCUGUCUUCCAAAGCGGUUUAAAGUCGACGGAGUGCUGGUCCUAGUCCAACCCAUAAUAUCGCGUUUUCCUCACCUUACCCAUCCAAUGGAAUACAUAUGUACAUAGUGAUCCUUGCUGAUUAUAAUUAAACGGAGAGAUCGGCUUUCCUUGAUCGUAUCUAACUGAUAUCUUGCUAGUAUUACCGAGUGAUGUUACUUCACGAGAGUGCCGCUAGCAUGGAACAGAGUGUGCCCGAGAAUCUGAGCACUCACGUAUACAAUGAGUGCGAAGUACAAUCCUGUCGGGACUCGCCUGCCAAAAAGUUGACCCCCAGUCCACCACCCGCUCCCGUUCCUGCCUCCACAUUCACAUCCCCUGCCAGCACCACUAAGGUGAAACUCAGUUUCAGUGUCGAUAGACUACUGGGCUCAGAUCCCAGCGGCAGUCGCAACCCAUCUGCGUCCUCCGUGAAGUCGUGUUGCGAUGGCAACAUCUUCUCCUGCUGCUCUUAUCCGCACUGUUUCAACCAAUCUGGUGCAGAUGCCACUAGGCUCGGAUAUGUUCCGAUCCCAGCUCCUGUUCAGACCACAGCAACGCAUCCGUUUCCCUACGCCGGACUCGACAAACUGUAUCCCAGCCUGUAUCCGGAUUACAAGUCAGUGAUGAGGCCAUUGCCCAUUCGGCCAGCAGAUCAUGUUAGUCCCACCUAUCCCGCAUUGGCCACAAACGCUCUGCUCCGAUUCCAUCAACAUCAACAGCAUAAGCCGCCGGUCAGUCCAUCAGCUCCUUUACCGGGAGCGGCGUUGCUGGCGCCUCUUCACCACAGUCUGAAGAGCCUGCAACAGCAACGAUUCCUGGGCAAAACCCAGCAGCAAUUGGACAAUAUUUCCGCUUCAGCCGGAGCAGGCAGUCUUCAAAAUUUGAACACCUCUAAUCAGUCGAAUGGAGGCGGAGGCAGUAGCAGCAGCAGCAGCAACAAUAAUGGGAAGCGGAAACGCUCUUGGUCACGAGCCGUCUUCACGAAUCUUCAGCGGAAGGGUCUUGAGAUUCAGUUCCAGCAGCAAAAGUACAUAACCAAGCCCGAUCGCCGCAAACUGGCUGCCCGGCUAAACCUCACAGAUGCUCAGGUCAAGGUGUGGUUCCAAAAUCGUCGCAUGAAAUGGCGGCACACCCGGGAAAACUUGAAAAGUGGCCAAGAGAAGCAGCCCCACCAGCAGUCCAUACCACCCCCGGGAGGAGCCGGCGCCGGCGAAACUGGCUCAAAGCCAAGUGGAACGACCCAAGAAGUCCUGGACUUUAGCUCCGACAGCUGCUCCAGCGUAGACCUAAGUGAGGAGGCCGACGAUGACGAAACCAUGGAAAUUGAUGUGGUGGAGUAACCAUGUGGUCUGAGAACCAAAAUCUUCGAGAGAAAUGCCAUUUAGAUGUAUUCGGAUUGCUAGCAAUAAUGUAGAUACUGCAAACAAAAUUAAUUUAUUAAACAUUCAUGAUAGGAUUACAUUUAUAUGAUUUAUAUUUAUAUUCUAUUUAUUUUUAUAAUAAAACAAAAAGUAAAGAAAAAUUCAAAAUUGA